CAUAGCGAGGCUUCCGGGCCCGGUCACGUGCUCGGCGCCGGCCGGCCAAGAUGGCAGCGUCCUGCGUGGCGCUGCUGGUUCUGGCGCUGCUGUUGCUGGUGCUGCUGCUGGGCUUGUGGAAGCGUGGGCGGCAAACGGGCAGGGCCCGGCACAUGGUCGUCGUGGUGCUGGGCGACGUGGGCCGCAGCCCCCGCAUGCAGUACCACGCGCUGUCAUUGGCCCAGAGCGGCUUUUCGGUGACGCUGCUGGGGUUCUACAGUGAGUGGCGGGGACCUGAGAGGGAGGCUCAAUCAGGAGCCUUGACUCUCCCUGUUUUGGGACAGAGGCGGGAGCAGCUGUGCUCCUCUCCUGCCUGUUCUGGUCUGGACCGCUGUUUUCUGGUGUCUGGGAGCAGCGGGCGUCAGUCGCCGUUUACCAUACACUCCAAACCUCGAGAUGAACUCUUGCAGAAUGAUAGGAUUCGGAUUGUGAAGUUGACAGAUCUGCGGGGCCUGGGAGCUGGGCCCCGAAUUCUCCAGUAUGGAGUCAAGGUUGUAUUUCAGGCAGUGUACUUGCUGUGGAAGAUGAUGCGCAUGGACCCUGCAGCCUACAUCUUCCUCCAGAACCCUCCAGGUCUGCCUGCUAUUGCCGUCUGCUGGUUUGUGGGCUGCAUUUGUGGGAGCAAAUUGGUCAUCGACUGGCACAACUAUGGCUACUCCAUCAUGGGCUUGGUCCAUGGCCCCCGCCACCCCAUUGUGCUGCUGGCCAAAUGGUAUGAGAAGUUCUUCGGGCGCCUGUCCCACCUGAACCUGUGUGUGACCAAUGCUAUGCGGGAGGACCUGGCAGAGAACUGGUGUGUCAGGGCUGUGACGCUCUACGACAAGCCAGCAUCUUUCUUUAAGGAGACACCCCUGGACCUGCAGCAUGAACUCUUUAUGAAGCUGAGCCACACGUACUCUCCUUUCCAGAGCUGCUCAGAUCCCUCACAUCCUGACACAGAGAGGUCGGCCUUCACUGAGAGGGAUUGUCAGAGCGGGGUUGUGAGGCGUCUGCAUGGGCGGCCAGCACUGCUCGUGAGCAGCACAAGCUGGACAGAGGACGAGGACUUCUCCAUCCUGCUUCGAGCAUUAGAAAAGUUUGAGCAACAAGCACUCACUGGAGACAGCCUCCCUUCCCUCGUCUGUGUGAUAACAGGGAAGGGACCGCUCAGAGAGCACUACCGCCACCUCAUCAGCCAGAAGCACCUUCAGCACGUCCGGUUCUGCACCCCAUGGCUGGAAGCCGAGGACUACCCACUGCUUCUAGGGUCAGCGGAUCUGGGUGUCUGUCUACACAUGUCCUCCAGUGGUCUGGACCUGCCCAUGAAGGUGGUGGACAUGUUUGGGUGCCACUUGCCUGUGUGUGCCGUGAACUUCAAGUGUCUGCACGAGCUAGUAAGACAUGGAGAGAAUGGUCUGGUCUUCAAGGAUGCUGAGGAGCUGGCAGCUCAGCUGCAGAUGCUUUUCUCAAAGUUCCCAGACCCUGCUGGAAAGCUAAGCCAGUUCCGGAAGAAACUGCAGGAGUCGGGGCAGCAACGCUGGGAUGAGAGCUGGCAGCACACUGUGCUCCCUCUGCUCGCUCACUCACAGAUGACCCCCAGGCCCCAUCCACCCUGUGGCCACCCUUCCUGCCGGGGCUUUUGAGUGCCCCCUAGUGGUCAUAAGCCUGAGGACAGCAGUGGGCGACAGCUAGGAUCUGGCUACUGAUCUGGCAGCUCUCUUCUGUUCUGAGCACUUCUGUUACUUCCAGUGUCCCUGCCAACUUCUCAGUCCCUGGGUUUUUGUUUCUGGACUUGUCACAUCCCUUGCGUUCUGGUUCUGCUGUGAGCUCUGGGAUAGCCUGUGUUCACUGGGUUUGGCUGAGCAAGGCUGAACUGUCUGACAGGACAGUCAUACUUAAUAAAUGUAUAUAUUUAUUUGUACAAUG